AUGAAUGUGACGACACAUAAAUAUGCCGGCCCUUAUGAAUUGUGGUGGCGUCUUUUUUCCCCCGAUGGAACCAUCCAUCCGCCUGCACGGAGCGGCGAUGCUGACCGGACGGGCAUCUGUCAGUUGCCGCCACCCCGUGAAGGGAAGGACGACACAAAAUCUGGUGGGACAACUGCGCCGCAAGUUAAUGCUGAGCCGUCACGUCAAAACGAGGAUUGGCGACGGUCUGCUGCGGCUGACGCACCCAACACCGUCGAUCGGAGUCCCGCAUCCAACACGGCGACCAACACGUCCGUGACGAGGCCUUCCUUUGCCAACGGUCCGAGAAUAGUAGUGCCGUCGAAUGCAUCCGGGAUCAUGUCUGUCACUUAUGGCGGCAGGGAACACUUUGCUGCGGUUAACACGGACGAGGUGAGUGAGCCCGACGCCACCGGACACAAGACUCUCGUUUUAGAAAAUGGUGUUGCAGGCAGUGGAUUUGUUGCUGAGGGUGAUGCGGACGGAUUGAGUCAACGCAAUGCCUCUGGACACGAGAACAAACCCCAAUGA